GCUUGGAAUACUGCGCACCAUAAGGAUCUACAACUCAUCAUGAUUUUUACGCAAUGGAUUAACAUAUCUGGAUAUUACCACCUAUAAAUUCCGCCAAGUAGCCUGUAUUAUCUGAUUAUCAACAACUUCAAAGAUAACUUUUUCAACUUAUUGGACACAUUUUUGGGCACAUUGUACACCAUGGCAAAUACUUGCUUACAGUUCACGGGUUUUGUGAUGAGUUUUCUUGGUUGGAUCGGCCUUAUCAUCGCCACUGCCACUAAUGAAUGGGUGGUCACUUGUAAAUACAACAUGAACACAUGUAAGAAGAUGGAUGAACUGGAGGCCAAAGGUUUAUGGGCAGACUGUGUGAUCUCAACUGCGCUGUAUCACUGCAUCACACUCACGCAGAUUCUCGAGCUACCAGCGUACAUCCAGACGUCUCGAGCGCUAAUGGUCACAGCAUCGAUUCUCGGAUUGCCUGCUGUCGCGCUCGUGCUCAUGUCUAUGUCCUGUAUUAACCUCGGAAGUGAACCAGAAAGCGCCAAGAACAAACGAUCAGUGCUCGGAGGAACCAUAAUCCUGCUGACUGCUUUUUGCGGCAUCGUCUCCACCGUGUGGUUUCCCAUCGGGGCCCAUCACGAGAGGGGCUUGAUGUCCUUUGGCUUCUCCCUGUAUUCGGGCUGGGUGGGCACUGCACUUUGUUUGCUGGGAGGCUGUAUGAUCACCUGCUGUUCAGUGGACACCCCUGCUACAUACACUGACAACAAUCGAUUCUACUACUCCAAACAGGGCCCCGCUCAUUCCGGCCCCGCCUCCACUAACCACGCCAAAAGUGCUCACGUGUGAACUUCGGGAUUACUGAUCAGAUCUGAUUUCUACUCUGUUUUUGCUCUCUCUCUCUCUCUCUCUCUCUCUCUCUCUUUCCACUGUUUUUUGUUUCAACAAUGUCUCUAUCUACAGUGGUGACUUUGGAUAGUUAUUUUCCAGCUGAACUCUGACCUUUUGACACGGAGCGGGGUAUGUCACCCAGAUGUUACAUAACAAGGGACAGUCACUGGUGAAGGACCUCCAAUGAAGGAUUCAGUGUUUAAAAGGUCUUCUACUGAUUCUGCUCAGUACAAUGUUCCAUUUUAAGUCCUAUUUUUGUAGUGAAAAAAUAAUUUUUGCAUUUUUAUAUGAAUACUAACAGUAGUGCCAUUGUUGUUUCUAUUCUAAAUCUUUCAGUUUAUUUCAGUCUGUUUGUACAGCUAUAUUUUCAUUUUGUUUAAUUUCAGACCAUUUCACGAUAGCCACCCAAACAAAACUACCAAAAUUGGACCAAAGCAGUAAUUACUUAGCAAUAUUAUUUAUUGUAAUACUUUGUAUGCAGUUUUUGUUAUGUUGUAAUAAACAAUGUUGUCCAU